AUGGAGACGUGGAUUCGAGCCCUCGUAGCUCAGGGGUUAGAGCACUGGUCUAGUAAACCAGGGGUCGGGAGUUCAAGUCUCCCCGAGGGCAGUGCUGUGGUGGCGAUACCUUUUGCCGACGUCGACAUCACCAUGGCUCCAACGCCUUCCGCCUUUCUUGCCCAACAGGCGGUGCGACAAUUGUCACCUCUAAUGUUGUGCACUUGCAUGGCACCGCAGUUGGAGACGCAUGAGAGGAGCCAAGGGAAUGACUGGAUGGACAGAGGAUGGGUGGGAGGAUGA